CAGACAUUGAAUUUCUGCCACUCAGUAUAAAUACUGCGAUACAUUUGCCUUAUGUCACAAUUUUGACUUCACUCGUAUUUCCAAUUUGUCGUUCAUUACUGCAUACCGCGCCGUAUACCUGCUGUGAAACUACUUGUGGAGAAGGUUGAUUGCGCCAAACUUUGCGGGAAAACAUGUUUGAUCUCAUUACUUGUAACUGACUUCGUUUGUUUUCUUAAAUGGACUCAGCCAAAGAAAAAGGACCCCCAGGUUUCCAGCAUUAUUUAUCUCAGAGUGUUGCCAGUUGGGAUCCAGAACAUCGAGGGAACGAACUUCCUGUUAGUGGUGACUGUCUUUUACGGAUAACUAAGGAUUUGCGUUCCAUAUGCAAUGAUCCUGCUCCUGGGAUAUGUGUAGUUCCUGAUAGUGAUGAUAUGACGAAAAUCUAUGCGCUAAUCACAGGGCCUUUCGACACACCUUAUGAAGGUGGUUUUUUCUUGUUUAUGAUACGAUUUCCACCUGAAUACCCACUUGUACCGCCAAAAGUGAAGCUGAUGACUACUGGAAAUGGUACUGUGAGGUUUAAUCCAAAUUUCUAUUCCAAUGGAAAGGUGUGUCUAAGCGUUCUUGGUACAUGGCAGGGUCCUGAAUGGACACCAGCACAAAGUUUAUCGUCGGUCUUAAUAUCCAUUCAGUCAUUAAUGACUGACAAACCAUACUACAAUGAGCCAGGAUUUAGUACUGAACGAAAUCCAGGAGACGCACAACAAUAUAAUACGAUAAUUGCACACGAAACCAUUAGAUGUGCAGUAUGUGAUGUUUUGGAGCGCCGUACAGCAUUUCCUCCAGAUUUAUAUGCAGUGGUGGAAUCUAGCUUCGAAGACUAUUACGACUACUACGUUGGUGUCUGUGAACGAAAUAUGCAUUUGUCAGGCCAGCGUAUGGUUGAUCCAUUUGAUGAUGAACGGGGAAUAUUCAAUUAUGCUGAUCUGCUAAAUCGUUUGAAAACUCUGAGUAGCAUGUUAAAACAAAAUCACUCUAAAAAAGGUGCAGACAUUAUGGUUCUCAUGGCUGGUGAUAUUAAACGCUAGUGCAUAUAGUCCAUUGAUUAACUAUUUUCUGAAUAAAAAAAAUGACAAUGAAUGCAAAGUCCAGUGUCAUAUAUCCAACAGGCUGAUUCUAAAUACGCUUAAGCUUACUUUGUCAAGUCUUAUGUUGUUAGAUUGAUCAGCUUCUUCUAUUCUCGUCAAUCCAUCCUGUCAUACAUUGGUUUCUAUUUUUGAAAGUUUUGGUUGGUAAUUUGUCUCUUAUUCCCAACUAUCAUUUAUGUGUAUAAGUUAUAUCUAAUAUGUACAAAGUUGUCUUAAAAACGAAUAAAACUUGGUUACGUUAUAUAUAUCCACGUAUGUUUUUUAUUUUUGAUUACAGUUUGAUUCCAC